CUCACCCUUUGACAAAACACACCUGUUAUGCUGCUUCUCUUCUCAUGGAGCAUUCUUUGAAAUUUUCUUUGCAGAAAACAGUAUCUGCCAACACAAGAGAAAACCCAAGUUACCCUGAGGAAAGUGGAUGGACUUCUUAUUUUGAAGAUUUAUCUGAAGGCAGUGACUAUUCCAGCUUGGGUGGCUCCUCUUUGGUCUCAGAUGCUGCUUCUUGUGCUGCAUGGAAAUUCUCACACCAGAAUCAGAAUCGUGUUGCUUCCUCCUACUCUCCAGAUAAUAAGGGAAGGGACUCAUCAAACCACUUCAAGAAACUAUGUUUCAAGAAAACAAGAACCAAACAGAUAUCAGAGGAUGACCCUUUGGAGGACACUGCUAGCUCCCCUGUCAGUAGUCCCAAGGUAAGAGACUUGAAUCCAAUGGAAAUGAUUUCCAGGAAGAUUGAUGAUUAUCAACUUGAUGAUUAUAGGGUUGAUUCAGAGCAUCAUCCAAAGUUGAAGACAAAUGAUUGUGACCUGAAUUUUAAUGGAAAGAAGAUUGAGUGCACAAAUUUGAAGAAAAGAGGGCUUUGUCUAGUUCCUAUGUCCGUGUUGGUUAAUCAUUAUGGGUGACUAAUGACAUGUUUGGAUCAAUUUCUUAUGGCACCCAGAAGCUACUUACAUAAGCUUCUCCCGAAAUUGAUUAUGAAAGUAGAAUCAAUUAUAGAAGUAAUCCCAAACAUGGAUAAAUACUUUGUUCCUUGGCUCCCUCUCUGUGUUCUUCUAUGUACAUAGCAUGAUGAUCAGUGACUGAUAAUCUGUAUUAUACAUAACUGUUCACAUGCUCAUAUAACUUGAAUGCAGAAUUUGCGUUUAUUAA